AUUAACAUGCCCGUUGACAUCCAAUCUGACCGUGUCGUACUGCACCAUCCUGCAGGCGCCAGUACUACAAUCCUCUUGUAUGGCGCGACAGUCAUCUCCUGGAUCUCGCCCUCCAUCUCAGGCACCAGCGCGGUCCCCGUCACUGCCGAAGGACCUGCCCUGGUAGAGAGGUUCUUCGUCUCCUCCCUCGCCAGUCUAGACGGGUCCAAGCCUGUCCGUGGCGGGAUCCCCAUCUGCUGGCCUAUCUUCGGUCAGCCGAGCAGGGAGGAAAACAAGGCGUUAAAGCAACAUGGGUUUGCGCGCUCUAGUGUCUGGAAGUACGAGGAGACGGUGCUGGAUGCGAGGGAGGGCGUGAGCGGGCGGUUCAUCCUGGAGAACAGCGAUCAGACGGACAAGCUCUUCCCGCACCCGUUCAAGCUGGUGUACACCGUCACCCUCGCUGAGCACCAGCUGACUACGAGCUUGAGAGUACACAAUACCGGCUCAGCACCGUUGGCUUUCCAGGCGUUGCUGCAUAAUUACUUCAAGGGGGAGUCGAGUAUCGCCCAGGUUCAGCCGCUUAAGGGGGUCACGUACAGGGACAAAGUACGCAAUAUGGUGGAGGAUGUGGAGACGCGUGAGAUUGUCGAUGUGCGGGAGUACACGGACAGGGUGUACGAAGCCGCCGGAGGGAACUACACCCUCUCCUUCCCCCGCUCAGUGCACAUCUCGAUCAAAACGCACAACCUGCCGGACGUGACCGUCUGGAACCCGCAGGAAACAGGUUCCAGCAUGGCGGAUAUGGAGCCCAACGGGUGGGCGCAUUAUGUCUGUGUCGAACCGGGGUAUGUCAAGCAGUUUGUAGAGCUGAAACAGGGAGAGGAGUGGUGGGGCCAGCAGGUGCUAACUGUGCUUUGACUAGGGGAUGAGGGCGGACAUGAGAUUGUACGAUGCCGGAUGUGAACUGAACAUGCU